UUCUCGUGGUCUUGCUCGGGGGUCUCCAAUCAGACCGAGAGGCUCGGGUCUCGUUCCCUCCUCAACUCAUUCCUCUCCCUAAUUAUCUAACCAGGGUAGCUCUACCCCACGGCAGCACCCGCUUGAUGCUUUCUUGAGGUGAGGGGGGGUUCCUUUUCCUAUCGCCCUGGGGGGAUCCUUGCCCGUUCCGGACUCGCCUCACACCGUGGUCUUCACCUAGUACUUCACCGAACACAUGGCAUAUUCUCGUCUUCUUUCCCUUACCUGUAGUUCGCUUGGCAUCAGUAAUUGCUGGGCAGCACCGGGCCCCGUAAGAAGAUGGUUCCAAUGGGCCGUGCAGUCAGCUCUCGCGCGCGCGACUGAGUGGAUGAGUGAUUUUGGCGUCCAUCUCAGCAACACAGCCGGACUAUUGGCAAUCCCACGACUUUCGACGACGAAGGCCGGCGCCAACCGGUUAUCACCAUGCGGCUCAGUCAGCCGGCCAGUGACCCAGCCCGACGUGCACAGAGAUGCCCGAUAUCACACCACGUUGUCACUUAUCCUAUGUCCCCAGAUAAAUCCAACCCAACUUAGUCUUUCAACCGCGCGUCGUGGCCGGUCUCGUCGUAAUACAGCGCCCAACGAGGAUGACAACAGCACAUUGCACUGCCUCUUCACCGGUCAAUCCUUCUCGCACCCUCAAUCUGUUAUUACUGCUGCUGCUGCUGCCGCUGCUGCUACCACUGCUUCAUUUUAUAGCUAAGCUAGUUGGUCCUGCUACACGUUACGUAGUGUUGAGAACCAGUAUAUCGAGGGGCCCCUGUUGCCUACCUAGCUCGCUCUUAACCGCAGGGGAGAGG